AUAAAAUUUCACAUGCGUUUUGAUUCAGCUUAUAGUUCAAUGUGUAUAAUUAACUAAUAGUUGUUUGCUAGUAGACUUAAUAACAUCAACUACUCCUUGAAUGAAGAAAAAAGUCUCCAGAAUGACAAGCAAGCACGUAUGUCGAAAAUUGGAACGAAAACAGCGACGUUGUGAAGCGAUAAUCUUCCACGACUUUGGCAUUGAAAGUAGUGGGUCGCCCACUACCAUACUUGCUAUUUUAAAUGCCGGUCUUUCCACUGGUCUUACUGAGGAGGCUGUAUUGAGCAGCGCAAUACAGUAUGCACCCGUGCAACAAGUGUUAAUGUUGCCAAAUAAAUCUUAUUGCUUUUUAGAGUGUAGUAACGAGGCUGAUGCUGAGCUUAUUUACAAAAAUUUGCACGGUUGCGCCGGAUUGGAACAAAAUGGCGGUGUAGCCUAUUUGUCCUACUUCAAAACUCUACCCGCAUGCCGUGAGAAAAAUGUUUGGGCUAAGCGACUACCGGAAGGGCUGGUGCUGCUGCCGAAUUUUGUGUCGGAAGCUGAAGAAGAGGCGUUACUCAGUGCGAUUGCUGUUGAAGAGAACACUGAAAAAAGUGAUUUGAAACAUCGUCAGGUUAAACAUUUUGGAUAUAAGUUUAUUUAUGGCGAAAAUAACGUAGACAUAUCAAACCCAACAAGUGAAAAGAUACCAAAUGUUUGUGAUAUACUAUGGCCCCGUUUGAAAACAGAAAUUACAAAACUAGGUUUGUCAACGUGGGACUGGGAUGUACCUGAUCAAAUGACCGUGAACAUCUAUGAACCUGGUCAAGGCAUACCGCCGCACGUCGAUACACACAGCGCAUUUCUCGAGCCCAUACUUUCAUUAUCACUUUGUGGAGAAGUGGUUAUGGAUUUCAGACAUGGUACUGAACGCCAACCGCUCAUAUUGUUACGACGCUCAAUGCUUGUCAUGUCAGGCGCCUCACGAUACGACUGGACCCAUGGCAUUACACCACGUACACUUGAUGUCGUUCCCACACAGACUGGUUUGACGGUGAGGCCACGCCAGAAACGUGUUUCACUCACCUUCCGGCGUUUGCGUCGCGGUCCAUGCAACUGCAUAUUUCCUACACUAUGCGAUACACAUUUAAAUGCGGCAGAGAAAACAGAGAGGGUCAUACCAAGUGCAGUAGCUGCACAAUUAGAGGAACAAAAUGUGCAUAGCGUUUACGAACGAAUUGCACCGCACUUUUGUCAAACUCGUCACACGCCUUGGCCGCGUGUAGCAGAUUUUCUACGUAGUUUCUCAGAAGGAAGUGUAGUCUUCGACAUUGGCUGUGGUAAUGGAAAAUAUCUGCAUUGCAAUAGCGCCGUGUUAAAUAUUGGUUGUGAUCGCAGUGGAGAAUUGCUUCAUACAUGCUUAGAGCGUGCGAGUACCAUUAAUGCGAGGAAUACAAGUGUUUUUCGAUGUGAUUGCUUACAUGUGCCUGUACGUGCGCAAUCCGUCGACGGUUGUAUCAGCAUUGCAGUAAUACAUCACUUGGCAACCGCAGAAAGGCGCUUAAUGGCCAUAACCGAAAUGGCACGACUACUGCGUUCAGGUGGACGUGGUCUAAUCUAUGUGUGGGCGAAAGAUCAACGUGCUCUAAACAAUAAAAAGUCUGCUUAUCUGUUGCAAAAUAAGUCGUUGAACAAAAACAAAGUAACUGUGGAACAACAACGUCAACGUGCAGCGGAAGAAUUGCAGCAGCAACAGCAACAACUGCAGGAAUUGGUGCCGGGUGCGCCACAGCUGCCUAUACAUACAAAUCGCACCGACUUUAUGCAGCAGGAUGUACUAGUGCCAUGGAAAUUAAAAGUUGCUGUCAAUCAGGGGAAAGAGGAAACUACUACUGCCUCCGCAGACCCAAACGUCUACCUACGUUAUUAUCAUGUAUUCGAGGCGGGUGAGAUGGAAGCAUUGAUGGAGCAAAUUCCAGAAGUUGAAGUAUCGGAAAGUUAUUAUGAUCAAGGCAACCACUGUGUAAUUUUUACACGACGCAAAAUAAAAUGAGAAAAUAUUUAAAUUUUUUAUUUACUAUAUUUAAAAUUUAAUUCCCAUUUAUUUUAUGACAAUGCUUACUUACCUAAUGCCCCUAUGGCGGGUCGUUAAAAUAUAACAUUUUAUACAAGUUUAUGUAUUCACACAUACAUAUAAGAUUGUAAUAUAAUAUAUACGUAAGCAAAUAUUUUUAUAAUAAAUUAAUUAACAUCUAGACUCUGUGAAAUAAUCCAUUUAGUAAUUGACAUUUCAAUAAUACAACAAUUACUGUUCCUAUUCCGCUAAUUUUAAUAAUAAUUACAAUAAUUUUUAUUAAUGAAAUGUAAAACUAUUUUUCUAAAAUUGUAUUGUACUUAUAUUUAAUAUAAGCUACUGAAAUAUUAAUGAUGUAAAUAAUUAUUUUCGAAAUAAAUAUAAUCUCUUUUAUUGAAUUCUUUGCAAUAAAUCCAAAGUAAAAUCCUCUUUUUCUUAUACAUAUAAUAUAAUGCAUAUAAUGUUUGGGCUUAUAAAAACUUUCAAAAUUUCUUAUGUUUGGCUCGGAUAAACUUAUAUAACUUAUAUUAGAUUGUGGUAUAUUAAUUAAGACACUAAUUGUUUCAAAUAAGCUAUGAACAUUACGAAAAAUUUAUUAGCUAGUUUAUUGUACACUACUUUGCUGAAAUUUUGUAAGCGUCACGUAAAUAAAUAGAUAAUGAAAAAGAAACUAAAAAA